UCACACGAUCAUCAGCUGAGACGUUGCGCUCGGUAGUCGGGCAGAGCGCGUGCUGUGUAAGUGCGGCUACCGGUGCACGCGCACCCAUACUCGAGUACACGUGACGUGUGUAAGUCUCGACUCGCCACAAGACUCGACAUCCGCUGCCCGACACAAUGCGAGCAUCUGACGUCUGCUGCUGGUUCAGUCGAGAGGAAACCACUCAGCUGUGCAGCAAGCAGACGACACAUCCUGUUGAUCAGCAAACAACGCAGGCGUGAAGAUGGACAACAUGACGGCGGCCUUCUGUGGGGGCACUGCACUGUGGGACAAGGACUUGCUGCUGAACAACACCUUUCCCGAGUUUACUGAAUGCUUCCGGUUCAGUAUCCUGACGUCAUUGCCGUGUGGUUGGUUGUGGCUGGUCACGCCCGUUCAUGUGCAUUACGUCAUGCGUCACCGUCUGCGCAUGCGCGUUCCUUCAAGUCUCCUGAACAUCACCAAAACUAUUGUGUGUUUACUGCUGGCGAUGCUGAGUGUUGCGGAGGGCGUGCUGGCUGCCAGAAACACACAGACUGCACGCGCUCCUCCCGCCCUCUACGUAUCAUUCGUCGUCCGCAGCGUUACUUUCACACUGGCAGCUGUGUUGACCAAGGUUUCCCGUUGUGCUCUGAUCGCUAGUCCCUGUGUCUUGUUCAUCUUUUGGUUUCUGACCCUCGUCACCAGCAUUGUGCCUGUGUAUCACUCAGUCAUGACAGAGAGAGACGAGCUUCCAGACUUCGUGGUGCUGUGUGCCAUGUUCAGUCUUGUUGUCCUACAAUUUUUCUUAAGCUGCUGGGCGGAGGCUGUGGGCUCAUCUACACUUGACACAACAAAAGGCAUUGUCAAGGAAUGCCACGGAAAGAAAAAGGUAGCCAAUCCGGAAGUCUUGGCAUCAUUUCCAUCGAAGAUCACAUUCUUCUGGAUGAACAGCCUUAUUUACCUGGGCUUCAAGCGUGCACUGGAACCGAGUGAUAUGUGGGAUCUCCCUCCAAAAUACCAAAGCCGAAAUGCAAUUGUAAAAUUUCAAGAACUGUUUGAAAAGAGCUGCAAAAUUAUUUUCCAUGAAAGGUACAUUUUCUCUUACAUGAAAACGGCCUCUGAUCUAGAAAUCAACCAGAACGAAGAUAAACUUCAAAACGGAAAUAAGAUGGACGCAAAGUCCAUGAUGAUGACGAAACUUCCGGUUCAUGAGGGAAGCCUGAGAACCUCGCCGAGUGAAAAGAAAACUGUGCCUGUGUUCAUUUGCCUCGUGAAGUCUUUCUACUUCGAGCUGUUCUGCUCCAACCUGAUUCGUCUGUUUGGUGAUUGUCUCCAGUUCGCCUUCCCGGCUCUCCUAGGGUAA